GCGGUGGAGAGAGGGAACGUGCGAGGGAACUUGGCGGUGGCAGGCCACCGACUUCGCGAGUCCCGCGCGCCUUUUGCGGAAGAGAACCCGGCAGGGAGCGCGGGGCGCAGCCGGGCCGCCGUGAGCCGGGACCCCCGCGCUGCCGUCUCCGCCGGCGGCGCCUCCUGCGGCGCGGCUUGGUGCCCGGCUGCCGGCCGCGCGGCUCCCUAGCUCCGCGCGGAAGACAGACUCUCCAAUCAAGGUCCAGAUGCCUUUCUUUGAGUAGCCUCCCAAUGACCUCAACAGAUGUGUCAAGAAAUGGCAUUACUCACUGGGAAUGGAGAUCCUGCGUUCAGCUCCUACUCCUUCAAUAAGUUGGAAAACUUGUGUGAAGUGCAAACCAAGAAAGGAUUUUUCUACAGAAAAGCCAAACUUUUGCACCCUGAUGAAGACCUAUGCUACUUAGCGCACCUGGAUGACCGGACCAGGUUUGUGAUCAUCAAUGUAGGUGGUAUUAAAUACAGAAUUCCAUGGACCACCUUGGAGAACUGCCCUUUGACCAGGCUUGGGAAGCUAAAGUCUUGCAACAAUUAUGAUGAGAUCAUGAACAUCUGUGAUGACUAUGAUGUUAGCUGCAAUGAAUUUUUUUUUGACCGUAAUCCUAGUGCCUUCAGGACGAUCAUGACUUUCUUGACAGCUGGGAAGCUGCGACUUCUCAGGGAGAUGUGUGCUCUUUCUUUUCAGGAGGAGCUUGUGUACUGGGGGAUAGAAGAGGACCACCUGGAGUGGUGCUGUAAAAAGAGAUUGCAACAGAAAGAGGAGGAGGCAGCUGAAGCCAGGAUGUAUGAAGGGGAGAUGAUGUUUAGUGAAACUACUCAAUGUGCCUUCCAGGACAAUAACUGGUUGAGUUUGUGCAUGAGAAAUCUCAGGGAUAUGGUGGAGAACCCCCACUCAGGGAUCCCAGGGAAGAUCUUUGCUUGUAUUUCAAUCUCUUUUGUUGCCAUCACUGCGGUCAGCCUCUGUAUCAGCACCAUGCCAGAUGUCAGAGAAGAAGAAGAUCGGGGUGAAUGUUCGCAGAAGUGCCACGACAUCUUUGUGCUGGAGACAGUGUGCGUGGCUUGGUUUUCAUUUGAGUUUCUCCUGCGGUCCAUCCAGGCAGAGAACAAGUGUGCUUUUCUGAAAACCCCACUCAACAUCAUCGACAUCCUGGCCAUCUUGCCUUUCUAUAUCUCUCUCAUUGUGGAUACAGCCUCCACAAAAAACAGCAGCAAGCCUGGCGGGGGAGCAGGGAACAAGUACCUGGAACGAGUGGGCCUGGUGUUGCGCUUCCUGCGGGCCCUGCGCAUCUUGUACGUGAUGAGACUGGCAAGGCACUCGCUGGGGCUGCAGACUCUGGGGCUCACUGUGCGCCGCUGCACCAGGGAGUUUGGGCUCCUCCUGCUCUUCCUUUGUGUUGCCAUGGCCCUCUUCUCACCGCUGGUGUAUUUGGCUGAGAGUGAACUGGGAGCCAAGCAAGAAUUUACAAGCAUCCCUACCAGUUAUUGGUGGGCUGUGAUCUCCAUGACCACUGUUGGCUAUGGGGACAUGGUGCCUCGUAGCAUCCCCGGACAGGUGGUAGCCCUGAGCAGUAUCUUGAGCGGUAUUUUAUUGAUGGCCUUUCCAGUCACUUCCAUCUUCCAUACCUUUUCCCGUUCCUACAGCGAGCUAAAAGAGCAGCAGCAGCGAGCAGCAAGCAGGCAAAUGCACCAGCUGGAAGAAAGCACCAAACUCACAGGUGGUGGCAGUUCCCAGCAGCUCGCUGCUGCAUCCCCUCCAGAUGCUGCCAGGGAGGAUGGUCAGCCAGUACUGGACCAGGAAGCCAAGAGAAGCUGUUGACUCUCCACAGCUAAAGAAGUGAGUUGGCAGCACAAGAAGCAGCGAACAUGAGGGGAUGGAUCAAUCUGCAAGCAGAACCCCCCAAACUGCAUAAAUUAGGGACAGACACACACGAGACUGUUCCUUUAAAGCAACUUUCGAUCUUAAGGGCUCACUGAAAAGUGUCCCUAGAAACUCUACCAAGUACAGCUUUGCUCCAUUGCUGUAGGGCAGCUCUUUUCUCCUGAGCACCUGUUUUUAUGAGCCCCUGGGAGCAGCCAGCCAGGAGGCCGACAGGAAGCACAGAGUGUGGCAGGGUGCUGCUGCUGGGGCAGUGAGCGUGCCACCUCCGCCCUGAUCCGCCACUGCCUGUGACGCUCCUCCCAUGCACCCCACAGCCUGAGAGUUUGUUCCAGCAGCUCUGCCAGGGAACCCAAGGAAUGCAAACCUCAGACAGCCGAAGGGAUGAGGAGAUGAGAAGGGCAGAAGAAUCCCUUCAGCUUUCCAAGGGGCUUGGUUUGGUCUGUCAUAGAAAUCAGCACCAUGGUCUGGGCUGCCAGCUGCCAGCUCCAACUUAUGCUGUUGCUCAGUGUGCAUUAUUUAGUAAAUAUGCAUAUUUACCACAGUAAGCUUUGUAUCUUAGCCCCAUGAUAGAAAUAUACAUAGACAAUCUUCCUGACUAUGGUACUGAAUGUGAAAUUGUUGGGUUCUUUUUCUUUGCUCACUGUUGAAUAUAACAAAUACCUUUAGAAAUCACAUUUCUCCACCUUCUUUUAAUUCUUUCCAUCUCAAAAACAUAUUUAACAGACGAAUAAACCUCAAAUAUAUGCAGCCCACGAAGAGGAAGGCAGUAUUAAGUCAGCAGUGGCUCCCAGCUCUGCAUGGUCUUCCCUGGUGGUGCUGUCAGUGAUUACAGCCGUGUGCAGUCAAGGCUGGUGCAGGCUGCAAGAAGUCGGUGUAACUCCUCCAGUGGGCUCCGGCCCGAGCUGCAGCACAGCAGCUGAGACCUGCAUUAGCUGUUCUUUUUCUCCUAGUAAGAAAAAGACAUUCCUCUCAUCUAAAAAUUAGAAUAAUUAUUCUGGCUGUUCCUCUCAGUUUUCCAAAAAAAAUGCAGUCACUUGAAAGGGAAAAAGAGUCAUAUGGUAGCAUCUGCAUGUUUGCUUACUGAUGCCGUUCCCGUGAGUUCUCCAGUACUCUAGGUGUGCAGUUUCAUGCUCAGAGGAGCUGUGCAGCUGGCCUGAGUCAGCACACUGUGUGCAUCUCAAAGGACUCUUACUUUCAGGGGGUAGGAGAUGGAGCACAGUUGCCUCCUGUGCCUACACCUCUGUUGUUAUUAGCAGAGCUGUAGGACCAACGAUGGUGUCACCUUCCUGUUUGCCUCCUGCCAGGAAGGGAGCAAGAGCAGAUGUAUUAAAGAUGGGAUUUGUUGGGUUUUAUCAGCUUAUAUUAUAACACCAACCCUAAACUAGCAAACUUCCAUAUUGCGCCAUUCCUUAUAGGAAUGGUGCAAGGGAAAAUAAAUGUUACACUUUAUUUUAAUAAAAAUUGGAACCUUUGUUGCCAAA